GUUUAGGAGUUGUAAUCCCCUUGCUUAACAUAAGCAAAGUGUCAAAAAAACAUUUGAGCUUGUGACGGAGUAUUUCUGGGUCAAACUCACACCUCCAUUUUCAUACAAGUUUCGUACAAUUUUUUUCGACCUGGGGUAUCCGUUGCGACUGAUUGACCCCAUUUUCCUUAUAUGGCCCUUCCUCCCAGAACAGAGCACCCACACGUCAAUCAGAGUGAGAGCGAGAACGCGCAUUAGCAUUGCUCCGUCGAGAGGUCACAGGUAUCAGUGCACAGCACGCGACAACUUUGUUUAAUCAAGAUGGUUCGACAAAAGAAGUGCAUUUUUGGAUGUAAGGAGAAGAAAACCUUGUUCAGCUUUCCAAGUGACCCUGUCUUAAAACAGCAGUGGAUGCAGUUCGUUUUUCCCGGACAGCAACGGAAUUGCGAUUGGGUUUAUGUUUGUUCACUGCAUUUUGGAGACGACUGCUUCACAAACAAGGCUCAGUUCGACGCCGGAUUUGCUAAUCGUUUACAAUUGAGAGAUGCAGCGGUCCCAACUUUAAAAGACCCCGUUCAGGAGACACAACCACAAGCAAGCACAUCUACUCAUGUUCCUACCAGCCUGUCUUUAAUCAAGCACAUGGGAUGUCAAACAGAACAUAUACCUGCUGUGUCUGUUGAAGUCCAAGCCAACCCAGAAAAAAAAUCUAUAGGCAUUCAAUGUACAUUUGCUCCAUCUCUAAAGACAGCUGCCACACAGGUCUCCUUUGCAAAACAGACAGGACAUUUUCGAAGCAAGGGCACACAGGCUACAGUAUUUAAUGUAAGUGUUGGUACAGAGACUGCACAACCUGAACCAUGGAGUCAGCUGUCAUCUACACCAAUAAAGGUUUCUACAUCCAGACUUGGUGCGACACCUGCUAAGCGGCCUCGUAUGGAAUUGCUGGAAGAAGACGAGGAAGAGGAUGAAGUAAACAUUUCAGAUAUUCCACAGCCUCAUGAUUCCACAUAUGAGCUUGGUGACUCUGCUGCAGAUACUGAAAUCAGUGGGUUGGAGGACACUUAUGAUUACACUGACACAAAGUACAUUGUUUUUGAAUACUCUCUCAGAGAGCUUUUUGAAACAUGUCCUUUGUGCAAGCACAACUGCGAUGUCCAACGACGUCGAAUGGGGACAUUUGUGUCAUUCAGUCAGGUCUGCGAACACUGUCAAUAUACCAGAAAGUGGCAGAGCCAGCCUGUGAAAGGAAGUACCCCGAUCGGAAACCUGCAAUUGUCAGCUGCAGUGUACUUCACUGGUGCAUCAUUCAUUCAAAUGGAUAAGAUUUGCAGAGCAAUGAAUCUCCAGAUACACGGAUACAACACAUUCAGAAGGCAUGCACGAUUGUUUCUUGAACCAUCAAUUUAUUACAAGUGGAAGAUGGAUCAGCAGGCCAUGUUCCAGCAGCUACAACAGCAGGGCAAAAUUGCAUUGAGUGGCGAUAUGCGUGCUGAUUCUCCAGGACAUUCUGCGAAAUAUGGCAGCUACACUUUAAUGCAUCUGGAAAGCAAUAAAAUUGUGGACAUUCAACUAGUACAGAGCAACGAAGUCGGAGGCAGUGCACACAUGGAGAAGGAAGGACUCAGAAGAGGUCUUGAUCUUCUGGAGUCCAAACAGUUGGACGUGGACUAUAUUGUAACUGAUCGCCACCCACAAGUGCAGAAGUAUCUAAGGGAGAGAAAUGUCAAACAGUACUAUGAUGUUUGGCACCUCGAGAAAGGCCUAUCCAAAAAAUUGGACAAAUUGUCAAGAAACAAAGACUGCCAGGUGUUGAGAAAGUGGUUGCAGGGUUUAAAAAACCACAUGUACUGGUCAGCCAUGACAUCCGAGGAAGGACCUGAAAAGGUUGCCAAGUGGAAGAGUGUAGUUAAUCAUAUGCAGAAUGUCCACACUCAUGACGAUCCACUAUUCCCCAAGUGCGCUCAUCCAGAUAGAGUGACCAGAGACCCCAGUAAAUGGUUAACACCAGGUACCAUGGCACUUUAUAAGGUAGAGAAGCUGCUCCUCAAUAAAAGAAUUCUGAAAGACGUGGCAAAGCUGAGCCACCAACAUCAAACUUCAGCUCUUGAGUCAUUUCACAGUGUCAUACUGAGAUUUGCCCCAAAGAAUGUAGUCUUUCCUUUCAUUGGAAUGCUGUGCAGGCUCUAUCUUGCCGCAAUGCAUUUCAAUGAGAAUGCAAACCGUGAACAGGCAAUGACCUUAGAGGGCACAGUAGUGUACAAGAUGGUGUUUCCUAAAGCAAAGAAGGGGCAGCCUACAGUGAAGGCAGUGAAAACUGAGCCCACAUUUGGAUACGUCAGUGACCUGAUGAGAUUGCUGUUCACGGAGGUAUUUGACAACCCUGACACCUAUGUUGAGGAUCUGCGGAAAGUUCCUGUUCCAGAGGACCUAUCAGCACAGUUUGAGAGGCCAGCAAAGGAGGAUCUUAUUGCCCGACAUGUCUCCAGGUUCAAUCCAGCGGUGGCCGGAAGCCAGUGUAGUUCCCUCCAGCAUCAGGAAACUCCUGACGAAUCCGCAGGACAACACAUGCAGGAAUGA